AUGAUGCUCGCUUCGCCAUUCCUGCCGCCAACCAUGUUCUCCACUCAGCCUAGCUCGGACGAUCCGCUGCACUACAGGCCCGCAAAAGACUUGGAGACAUUCAAUAGCCUCCUUCCACCUCCAAUCGAGUUCGUCGAGGGGUCGUCGUCAGGAACACUGGCUGUUGCGGAGGGGAAAUACGAGGCGAUAAAUGCGAGUCCCAAAGUUCCUAAGGCCGAGCUCCCAGAUAACAACAACCCUGCUCCUUCCACUCCGACGAAACUCGCUUCAACACCCUCUCGUGCGACAAGCACCAAGUCACUGCACCCCGAUCCUAUUGAAUUGGCUUGGCCACAAACGUGCACCCGAGCUUCGGGACUGUACAACAACGGAAACACCUGUUUUAUUAACAGCGCUCUUCAAUGUCUCCUCCAUACCCCUCCGCUCCUUAGAAAGGUGCUGGCCCACAAGGAGGACUGUCGCGUUAAUUCGGGGUUCUGUAUGAGUUGUGCACUUCGUAGUGUAGCAGUGAAGGCUUACACCAGCAAGUCCCCGUUCCCUCCUUCCCAAAUUACCAGCAAUUUGCUAGUCAUCGCAAAGCACAUGCGUAAAGGCAGACAGGAGGACACCCACGAAUUUAUAAGAUAUGCGAUUGAUGCCCUCCAGAAGUCUUGCCUCGCGGGACAUUCACCUAAAAUAGAUUCCAAGCUUGCUGAGACCACCUGGGUCCAUAAAAUUUUUGGUGGACAAUUGCGUUCGCGAGUAACGUGUCGAGAUUGCGGGCAUAAUAGCGACACUUUCGAUCGCAUAUUGGAUCUCAGCCUGGAUAUUUUCAAGUGCCAUUCCUUAAAGGAGGCCUUGCGCAAAUUUAUCGAAAUUGACUAUUUGAAAGACCCAGAGCUCAUUGUUUAUGCCGCUAGGUGCAAGAAAGCCGUCAAUGCCGAGAAACGCUUUACAAUUCACGAAGCUCCUUUGGUCCUUACCGUGCACCUCAAGCGAUUUUCCCCAGUGGGCAAGAAGCUCACCAACGUCCUCCAGUACGACAGCGAAUUGAACUUAAAAUCCUACAUGAGUGAAGAUUCGUUCGGCCCUAUAUAUUCUCUCUACGGCGUCAUCUGCCAUGCUGGAGGUGGCCCACAUUCAGGCCAUUACUAUGCAUACGUCAAGAACCAAGUGGGCCGAUGGCAGGAAAUGAACGAUGAGUCGGUCUCAUCAACCACUGUACCGACGAGCCAGAAGGAGGCAUACAUGCUCUUUUAUAUCCGGAAUAAAGGCCAAGGGCUGGAGGCGGCGGUAAAAGCAUCGUUGAACGGCGUUACGGCACCUGCGAAGGCUGGUCUUGUAGCAGGGAUGAAGAAGAAGAUCCAGCCCAAACCCAAAGUGUCAGAAGACGAAGACAAGGGCGUCAAGGUCGAGCCACGGUUUAUUGGUCCUUUGCUCCCGUCAGUAGAGAUUACGACAUCCACUCCUGCUCAACCACCGUCAAGCCCCGCCGAUCCUCAAGCACAGUCCCUCCGGGCAAAGAUAGAUUCCUUGGCCAAGCAGAAUGCACAGAAAGCCCUAGAGCUUCUCGGCAAUUACGAUUCGGACGACGAUUCGGACAAAGAUGGGAACCCAACAACACCUACACUUACACGUACCCCCAGCGAUGAUCAUGUCAGAUCCAUGGACGUGGAUCUGAAAGGAAAACGAAAGGAUGAUGGAUUGACACUCCCAGACGAGCCUGAAAAGCCUGCCUCUCCGCCUACACCGCCACCUCCAUCAUCAGACACCUCUAUACCGCCAUCUAGUUUCUAUGCCAGCAGCAACAACAAAAGUAAGAAGCGGAAAUCGCCAGACACAGAGAACCAGAAAUCUUCAAGACGACACUCGCAACAAUCACGUUCACGUUCACGGCCAUCCCUCCUGACGGGCAAUAUUUUCGAUAGACCCCUACCCAAACGCAAGCGCAUGGGCCUCUAG